GCAUCCCAAAAGUUUUUUUUUGUGGGGAAAGGGGGGAAAAAUAAAAAAAAAUAUAGGAAAAAAAAAAAGAAAAGAAAAGAAACCAAAACAAACGCAGGCGAGCCCGAGUCCCCCGAAGGCAGGCGAGGGAGGCGAACUGCGGGCGGCUGCUCGGCGGUGCUGGACCCGGUGGGACGCGGCAGGAAUCCCGAUUCUCUCUCCGGCACCCGGUCGGGUCGGACACAAAGUGCUGUCCAGCUGGAAUGAAUAUAUCUGAGUCUAACUACUGCCGAGAGGAGAUAUCGCAACCCCGGGGCGACUGUUCAUGGGUCACCGCCGCCGUUCCGGCCGCUGAGCCCGGGCUCGCCUUCCCGCGCCCCCCGGGAGCCGCCUCCCCCGCCAGCCGCACGCCCAGCCCCGAGCCCGGCUUCGCCUUCGGCCCCGGCCCCGGCGGCGCGGCCCCCGGCGCGGCCCCCAGCCGCACGCCCAGCCCCGAGCCGGGCUAUGGAUACAGCCCCCCGGCCGGCCGCCCCGAGGGCAAGGCCGCCGAGGACUCCCGCAUCCGCCGGCCCAUGAACGCCUUCAUGGUCUGGGCGAAGGAUGAGCGCAAGCGGCUGGCGCAGCAGAACCCCGACCUGCACAACGCCGUGCUCAGCAAGAUGCUGGGCCAGUCAUGGAAAGCACUGAGUGCCAGUGACAAGCGUCCCUUCGUGGAAGAGGCAGAGCGACUGCGAAUCCAGCAUCUCCAGGAUCACCCCAACUACAAAUACCGCCCAAGGAGAAAGAAGCAAGCCAAGAAAAUCAAGAGGAUGGAACCCAAUAUCCUCCUGCAUAACCUUUCCCAGCCUUGCAGUGACAACUUCAGCAUGAGUCACCAUGGCGGCAGCCAGCCGGGCCACCCCCAGCCUCCCCCACUUAACCACUUCAGAGAACUCCACUCCAUGGGGUCGGAUAUUGAAAACUAUGGCUUGCCAACUCCUGAGAUGUCUCCCUUGGAUGUCUUGGAACAGACCGAGCCGGCGUUUUUCCCUCCGCACAUGCAGGAUGACUGCAACAUGAUGCCCUUUCGAGGCUACCACCACCAUCACCAGAUGGAGUUUCCCCAGGAGAAGUGCAUGGGGCGGGACGUGGCCGUGCCCUACACGCAGACCCCCUCACACUUGGCCGACGCCAUGAGGACUCCCCAUCCCUCCAGCCUUUACUACAACCAGAUGUGCUCAGGAACUCAGAACGGGCUUUCCGCCCACCUGGGCCAGCUGUCACCCCCUCCUGAAGCCCACCACAUGGAGAGCGUGGAUCACUUGAACCAAACCGAGCUCUGGACAGACGUUGACCGCAACGAGUUUGACCAGUAUUUGAACAUGAGCAGGACUCGUCCCGAAGCCUCGGGCCUCCCUUACCAUGUCUCCCUGUCCAAAGUGACUCCUAGAAGCAUCUCCUGCGAGGAGAGCAGUUUGAUAUCUGCCCUGUCCGAUGCCAGCAGUGCUGUUUACUAUAGCCCCUGCAUCACUGGUUAGGUUGACCCCACCAUCCAAUGCGCGCACCAGGAGAGCCCCGACUCUCCUCUAAAAACAAAAAGCCAUCCUCCUUUAACCACGAGCUCCAUCAUAUUUAGAGUAUCUCAUUAAGUGCAUCGCUUUCUUGUUUGUUCUUUUUUAUUUUGAUUUUUUAAUUUUUUUUUUUUUAGAGACAGACCAUGCUGAACUCACUGAUAUACCGUAUAACUAUGUAACACAGAUAGAUGCCUUUCCCCACCGUGCUCCCCGCUCCAGCCCUCGGCAGGGCACAUCUCCAGCUCCCUCAACCUCCAAGGGGCAUUUUCAAGCCAAUUCCAGUAAAUCCUGCCUGAAACAUUCAGACCAGGAUGAGCCAAAGUGUGACCUGUCCCCAGUAUUUAACCCAAGGACAGGCGAACUUUUAGGGGGGAA